GCCAACAAAAAAAAAAAAAGGGAAAUAAAAAAAAAGGGGAGAAAUAUCUGAAUUCAUAUCUCUUUCUUCUCCGGCAUCUCCGACUCCGAUCUGUAUGCCCACCGAGCGUUAGAGGAAGACGGAGAUAAAAGAUCCUUCUGUUUCUCUCAGGGUUUUGAUUGCGGCAGAGGCUUUCUUGGCGGAUAUUAGGUUUCGGUUACUUCGAAUUUUUCGAGAGGGGAAAAGGAAUAAAGAGACGAGGAUGAAGAACACUGAAAGAAUCGCGAAUUUGGCCUUAGCAGGUUUGACGUUGGCACCACUUGUUAUGAAGGUAGAUUCAAACUUAAAUGUUAUUUUGACAGCAUGCCUGACAGUCUAUGUAGGAUGCUAUCGGUCUGUCAAGCCAACUCCGCCAUCCGAGACAAUGUCUAAUGAGCAUGCUAUGCGUUUUCCCUUUGUUGGGAGUGCAAUGCUGUUGUCACUUUUCCUGCUAUUCAAAUUCCUAUCCAAAGACUUGGUUAAUGCCGUAUUAACCUGCUAUUUCUUUGUGCUUGGGAUCAUUGCUCUUUCGGCAACAUUGUUACCUGCCAUAAAACGCUACUUGCCAAAGCAUUGGAAUGAACAUGAUAUUGUUUUGCGUUUUCCAUACAUUCGCUCUUUGGAGAUUGAGUUCACAAAGUCUCAGAUCAUCGCAGGAAUCCCAGGAACCUUUUUCUGUGCGUGGUAUGCUUCAAAGAAGCAUUGGCUGGCUAAUAAUAUUCUUGGCCUUGCUUUCUGCAUUCAGGGAAUUGAAAUGCUCUCUCUUGGCUCUUUUAAAACAGGUGCCAUUCUCCUGGUUGGGCUUUUUGUGUAUGAUAUUUUCUGGGUAUUUUUCACCCCUGUGAUGGUUAGUGUUGCAAAGUCUUUUGAUGCUCCUAUAAAGCUGUUGUUCCCAACAGCAGAUUCUGCACGGCCAUUUUCCAUGCUUGGACUUGGUGAUAUUGUAAUUCCUGGUAUUUUUGUAGCAUUAGCAUUGCGUUUUGAUGUAUCUAGGGGGAGAGAAAGCCAGUACUUUAAGAGUGCAUUUUUAGGCUACACUGUUGGUUUGGUCCUUACAAUUAUAGUCAUGAACUGGUUUCAGGCUGCACAGCCUGCACUGUUGUACAUUGUGCCAGCUGUUAUUGGAUUCUUGGCUGCCCACUGUAUAUGGAAUGGUGAAGUCAAACAGUUGCUGGAGUUUGAUGAGUCCAAGAGCGCUGCUAAACCUCAAGAAGAUAGUGAUGACAAAUCUAGCAAGAAGGUCGAAUGAGUUAAAAAAGCCUUUGAUACCAAAACUAUUUAAGCUUUGAGAAAAC